AGUCCCUAUUUGGAACUGCUCUCGCGGCAGUUCAGACCUCGUGCUCGUCCCCCUUGCCUGUGUGUGGUAUCCGCAAGGUCCGGGCACUUUUUUUUUUUUUUUGGUGUGUGUGUGUUGGGGUGUGUGUUUUGGGGUUUAUCGGGGCGCGGAGAGUAGAGCUGGGCCGAGGGGAAAGAAGGAAGCCGCAGAGCUCAUCGGUCUCAGGCUGCGUCUCCCCUCCAGCGCUCUCCUGUCUGCGCGCACCCAGGCGGCGGCAGAGCCGAGCGCUCCUCGCUGGGGACCCGGCGCUCCAGCUGGGAGCAGCGAGAACCUCUUUGCGGAGGCUUCCCUUGUACACUGGAGUCCUAGGAUGCCAGAACGAUUGAUAUUCACCUACUGACCGCGGAGUUUUCUCCCCGGCACUGGGAAGAGCAGGCGGCGGCGGCGGCGGCGGCGGCGGCGGCGGCGGCGGCUGCAGUAGCAGACGGAACAGCAGGCUCUCCUCUCCGAGGGGGGGCGUCGAAGUGCCCGCGCCGGGCUCCCGCCCUCACCCUCCGGCGCACUCGCGGCCCCAAGCCGCCACCUCGGUGCCUGUCUCCUUCCUCUUCCUCCGUGCUGCGAGCCCGAAGCCGCAUCGCUUCUGGAAUCGGACUCGCGCGCCCCGGUUGCUGGGGCUGCCUUGGCGCGCCCCACUCCCGGCGCGACGGGCUGAGUGAUCCGGAGGGCGCCUUCACUCGCCCCAGGACGGGCCCUAGCCUCGGGACCCCGCGCUGGACCAGCCGGGUAGACGACGAUGUCCGCGCAGUCCCCGGCUCUGACGCGCUCGACGCAGCCAGAGGAAGGCGGCCGGCUGCAGCUCGCUGAACCCUAGACGCACAAAGCCUGUUCCUGCCUGCCCGCCCGCCUGGCCUCGGCGUCCGCCGACGACUUUGCUGCCUGCUCCACCGCUCUUUGUUUCCACUUGGGGCGGGCGCCCGACUCUGGGAUUUCGCUGCGAGAGCGGGCUGGGGGGGCCGGGGGCGAGCUCCCGCUUUCCCGGCCGCCCCCCGCUCGGGCUUGGCUCCCCCCUCCCCCGCACCUCCCCAGCCGGGUCUCUCGGCGCUUCCACGUUCUCGGAAUCACGACCCCUCCCUGCCAUGUAUCCGCAAGGCAGACAUCCGGCUCCCCAUCAACCCGGGCAGCCAGGAUUUAAAUUCACGGUGGCUGAGUCUUGUGACAGGAUCAAAGACGAAUUCCAGUUCCUGCAAGCUCAAUAUCACAGCCUUAAAGUGGAGUACGACAAGCUGGCGAACGAGAAGACGGAGAUGCAGCGCCAUUAUGUGAUGUACUAUGAGAUGUCCUAUGGCUUGAACAUUGAAAUGCACAAGCAGACAGAGAUUGCGAAGAGACUGAACACCAUUUUAGCACAGAUCAUGCCUUUCCUGUCACAAGAGCACCAGCAGCAGGUGGCGCAGGCGGUGGAGCGCGCCAAGCAGGUCACCAUGACGGAGCUGAACGCCAUCAUCGGGCAACAGCAGCUCCAGGCACAGCACCUCUCCCACGCCACGCACGGCCCCCCAGUCCAGCUGCCACCCCACCCGUCGGGCCUCCAGCCUCCAGGGAUACCCCCAGUGACGGGGAGCAGCUCAGGGCUGCUGGCACUUGGCGCCCUGGGCAGCCAGGCCCACCUGACAGUGAAGGACGAGAAGAACCAUCAUGAACUUGACCACAGAGAGAGAGAAUCAAGCGCGAAUAAUUCGGUGUCACCCUCGGAAAGCCUCCGGGCCAGUGAGAAGCACCGGGGCUCUACAGACUACAGCCUGGAAGCCAAGAAGCGGAAAGCAGAGGAGAAGGACAGCCUGAGCCGAUAUGACAGUGAUGGGGACAAGAGUGACGAUCUGGUGGUGGAUGUUUCCAAUGAGGAUCCCACAACGCCCCGGGUCAGCCCUGCACACUCCCCUCCUGAAAAUGGGCUGGACAAGGCCCGUGGCCUGAAGAAAGAUGCCCCCACCAGCCCCGCCUCCGUGGCUUCUUCCAGCAGCACACCUUCCUCCAAGACCAAAGACCUUGGUCAUAAUGACAAAUCCUCCACCCCUGGGCUGAAGUCCAACACACCAACUCCAAGGAAUGAUGCCCCGACUCCCGGCACCAGCACGACCCCAGGGCUCCGGUCAAUGCCUGGCAAACCUCCCGGCAUGGACCCGCUAGGUAUAAUGGCCUCUGCCCUGCGCACGCCCAUCUCCAUCACCAGCUCCUAUGCGGCGCCCUUUGCCAUGAUGAGCCACCAUGAGAUGAACGGGUCUCUCACCAGCCCUGGUGCUUACGCCAGCCUCCACAACAUCCCCCCCCAGAUGAGUGCAGCCGCCGCCGCCGCAGCUGCCGCCUAUGGCCGAUCGCCAAUGGUGAGCUUUGGAGCUGUUGGUUUUGAACCCCACCCCCCCAUGCGGGCCACGGGCCUGCCCUCAAGCCUUGCCUCCAUUCCUGGUGGAAAACCAGCGUACUCUUUUCACGUGAGUGCUGAUGGACAGAUGCAGCCCGUGCCCUUCCCCCACGAUGCCCUGGCAGGCCCCGGCAUCCCAAGGCACGCCCGCCAGAUCAACACCCUGAGCCACGGGGAGGUGGUGUGCGCCGUGACCAUCAGCAACCCCACGCGGCAUGUCUAUACAGGUGGCAAGGGUUGCGUAAAGAUCUGGGACAUCAGCCAGCCAGGCAGCAAGAGCCCCAUCUCCCAGCUGGACUGCCUGAAUAGGGACAACUACAUCCGCUCCUGCAAACUGCUCCCUGAUGGGCGCACGCUCAUCGUAGGCGGUGAGGCCAGCACGCUCACCAUCUGGGACCUGGCCUCGCCCACUCCCCGCAUCAAAGCCGAGCUGACGUCCUCAGCUCCUGCCUGUUAUGCCCUGGCCAUCAGCCCCGACGCCAAAGUCUGCUUCUCCUGCUGCAGCGAUGGGAACAUUGCAGUCUGGGACUUGCACAACCAGACCCUGGUCAGGCAGUUCCAGGGCCACACAGAUGGGGCCAGUUGCAUAGAUAUCUCCCAUGACGGCACCAAGCUGUGGACUGGGGGCCUGGACAACACUGUGCGCUCCUGGGACCUGCGGGAGGGCCGGCAGCUGCAGCAGCAUGACUUCACCUCCCAGAUCUUCUCUCUGGGGUACUGCCCCACCGGGGAGUGGCUGGCUGUGGGCAUGGAAAGCAGCAACGUGGAGGUGCUGCACCAUACCAAGCCCGACAAGUACCAGCUGCACCUGCAUGAGAGCUGUGUGCUCUCCCUCAAGUUUGCCUAUUGCGGCAAGUGGUUUGUGAGUACUGGGAAAGAUAACCUUCUGAACGCCUGGAGGACACCUUAUGGAGCCAGCAUAUUUCAGUCUAAAGAAUCCUCGUCUGUCUUGAGUUGUGAUAUAUCAGCGGAUGACAAAUAUAUUGUAACGGGCUCUGGUGACAAGAAGGCCACAGUUUAUGAGGUCAUCUACUAAACAAGGACUCUAACAGGGCUGUCAAACUCUGGGAGAAACAGACUCGGCUCUGACAGUGAGACCCCGGGCACAGGGCCCCGGAGGACGUGGAGGACGGGCCUCAAGCAGCCGCGAGUUCCAGGCUGUGUGCCCUGGCAGGCUGUGAGGGCGCAUGCCCGUCACGGUCCGGACUCCUGGCCAUGGAUUGACGUGGCUUACAGACGCGGAUGGAUUGCCACCUCCUCCUCCUCCUCCCCCCAUAACAAUCCUGGCAGAUGUUACAAAUAGAAUUAUUUGGAGGCUUGUGGCUCCAGCUUCCCACAGACACCCUCAUGAAUCUUUGUCUCUUUUUCCCAUUUCUAUCGACCUGUCCUCCCCGCCUGGGGUCAGGGACACUGGAGUGGACCACAUUUUUGUGCUGGGGUUGUUGGGGGGGGGUCUCUUUUUCCCGAUUGUGCAGUGCACAAGAUUUGUGAAAAAUGUAAAUAACAGACUCCUAUCUUGGACUGGUCAUUGGGGGAGGGGACCCCUGCCAUGGGAAACCCUCGCCGUGUAUUUCGCCUGCUGUAUUUGUAAUCCACUGUGGUGGUGGCUUUUUUUUUUUUUUUUAAAGAAACAAAAACAGAAGUUCCCAUCUGGGAAAAGAAGACAGGGACUGGGGAGCAAACUGAGGAGGGGAUAGAAUGAGGAGAAAGUUCUUUGGGCUGGGAGAAGGGAGCUGCAGCUGAUAAAGAGAUUGGCCCUCAGGCACCCACUGGAAUGAGCAUGCCUCUGCGUGGGUUUGGGGAUCAUCCAACCCAAGUCAGGGUUGAGUGCCAGACAGACAGACUGAUGGACAGUGCUUGAGACAAGUGCCAGCCUAGGCGUAACAUCAACAGAAGCAGACUUUUCAGUGGUCUCUUGUGCUCUGUGCCUCUUCUCUGUGUCUCCCUCUUCCUCUGUCUCUUGCUUCUUGUUUCUCUCUCAACGCGCGUUCUCUCCUCAGCCUCGCUCUGUCUCUUUGGUGCACACUUGGUUAUUGUGAAGAGAAAUGGAAGUUCAAAGGAACUCCCUCUUGGGCCCUCCUAAAUCUUCAGACACAGCCUAAAAAGGAAGAAAGUUAGAGGAAAGCAUAGCAACUCAGCUCAGGGAGCUACCAGAGAAAAAUAGCAACUGAUGUGGGUGCUUUUUUUUUUUUCCCCCCUUUAAUUUGAAUAAAAAGAAUUAGAAGUGAUGUCCUUUUAUAAAAUGCCUUCUCCCUUUUCCUGCCUGUCUCCUUACAGGGGAAAAAAGUAUAUUAGCCUAUAGGGUUGCAAGUCUGAAAGGAUUACUCCACACGACCUGGGCAGGGUUGAGGGGUGGGAGGUGGGGACAGUCUCACACUGUGGUAAUUUCUUGC